AUGACCUGGCAGGGGCUACUGCUGGCUGCUUGCCUCCUCAUGCUCCCGUCUGUGGAUGCGGAUUGCCUGUCCACAUGUUCCUUGUGUGCAGUGAAGACUCAGGAUGGGCCCUGGCCCAUCAACCCCCUGGUUUGCUCCCUGGAAUGUCAGACCUCCCUGCUGCUCUCUGGGGAGUGGGAGAGAUGCCAGGGCUUCCUGUCUGUUUUCACCUCCCUCACGCUGGGGCUCAAUGACAAGGAAGACCUGGAGAACAAGGACAUUUUGGAAAAUCCCUACAGUGAGCUAGCCAAGCACUCUGGGCCCUUCCUGAAGAAGCUGUUGAAAAACAAAGCCCUCCCUAGCAUCCCAGCAAGGGAGAAUUCUCUGAGCCAGAGCCUGGAUGAGAAACUCAGGGGUAUUGCAGGCAGGUUUGGGGAAGAAUCAGAGUCUGAGAGCAUUGGGGGUGCACAGCCAGAAGAUGGUAUGAUGGAGGUGGAGGCACUUGAAUCUGAUGAGGAAGACCCCAAGGAGGAGGUCAAACGCUAUGGGGGCUUCUUGCGCAAAUACCCCAAGAGAAGCUCAGAGGUGGCUGGGGAGGGAGACAGGGAUGGGAAUCCGACAGCCCACGAAGACCUGUACAAACGUUAUGGAGGCUUUUUGCGACGCAUCCGUCCUAAGCUCAAGUGGGCCAACCAGAAGCGCUAUGGUGGCUUUCUCCGGCGUCAGUUCAAGGUGGUGACUCGGUCCCAGGAAGACCCCAAUGCCUACUCUGGAGAGCCUUUUGGUGUGUAA